CACACACAGCUCUAGAGAUGUCUAAAAAGACGCAGGGCAAAUUUUCUAACGUGCGCUAAACGUGGGUACGUGUACGUGUACACGUGCGAGCCUAAUCUAAACUCACGUGACACUUCGCCUAUCAGCUAGUUUGCACUUAGCUUGGCUAGUCUGUGUGCUUCUUCAAUCAGGUUUGAAUGUGACUGGCGUUAGAAAAAAAGUUUGUUGUAGCAAGUAUGGAAAUAUUCACGCUGCAAUUGCAACGACUUUCGCUAGAUCUCGUAGCUCUAAAUUCUGGUUCUUGCUUGUUGCUGCUCUUGCUUAGUACCGCACACUGUUCUACGGACAGUGAUGCAAAGUAUGUAUUUGCUAGACGUACGUAUACUUUGACAAAUGUGCAGACUAAACUGUUUUUCUCUAGCUGUUUUCGUCAGUCUCGGGGCCAAGAGGACUACAAUGACUGGAGGCGGGUCAUUGCGACAAAGACUAAUUCUCCUAGUCAACGACUUGGUCACACAGCGGUCUUCUCUAAGUUUCGUUAUUUCAAAAAUCAAGUGAUGAUUGUCUACGGAGGGGUUGAUACUUUCCUGCCAAGCGAAGAAGGCGCACGCUCUUCUCAUUGGUAUGGUGACGUGUGGGUUUACAAUGAAGAAAGCAACUCGUGGGUUAAUAUAAUAAGUGCGGAGUUUAUUCCGAGGGCUUACCAUAGCGCUGUAGUAAUUGGUAGUGAAAUGAUUACAUUUGGUGGAUUAAAUCUCAAUGAGACUAUGAAUGACACAUGGCAUUUCAACUUGGAGGUUGGUGUGUGGAAGCCUGGAGGAAACGGACCAGGAAAGCGAUUUCUGCAUGCUGCUGUGGCUCUGUCAAAUGACAAGAUGUUGAUAUUUUUUGGCAAAGAGUAUUCAGAGAUCACUGGAAAAGCUGGGCAUUGUUAUGACGACAUGUGGCAAUAUGAUCCUCAGAGUCAUUCUUGGACUUCUUUAAAUCCCACACCAGAUUCUGUGUAUGGAAAGCCUGGGGGGCGAUCUGGCCAUACUGCAGUUUACUUCCAAGGAAGUAACAUUGUUCUUGUACUUGGUGGUGGACAAUGUAGAUUUACUUCUGUACUAAAUGAAUUGUGGGAAUACAAUGUAGAAGGUAAUUCGUGGCACUACAGAACACCAAUGAAGUACCAAGUCAUGGACCAUGUCUCUGUUUCAUUGGCUAAUCUUGUUACAACUGAAGUAAUGUUCAUUUAUGGAGGUACAAUAGAAGGAGAUGAUGAUUUAAUCAGCCAAGGCAUGUUCUUGUACCAUGUGGACAAAGAUGAAUGGCAAAAAGCUUUAUCAGUGACAGCCAACAUUCACAGCAUUCCAUCAAGAAGAACGCAUUCAUCUGCUGUCUUGAUGACAUUUGCUAUGGUGCUGUUUGGUGGUGAGGAUUCUACUACAUCAAUGCCUUUAGACGACUUAUGGGAGAUGCACGCUUAUUCUCUUAAUGCCAGUGUCAUAAUGUGGCAGAAAGUGAACUCCCCGGACAUUGGGCCAUCUCCUCGUGCUGGAUCAUCUUUAGUGCCUUUGCACGAGUAUGGUGUUUUGUUUGGGGGCUACGAUGGAUUCAUGGUGUCAGAACCAUACACCUGGGUAUAUCAUGGUUAUACUGGUAUGUGGUUGGAAAUUAACACCAUUUCUCCACAGCAACGUGUAUGUCAUGCUGCUACUGCAUAUAGUAGUGAUUCAAUUAUUAUCUCAGGAGGAUUCUAUUUCUCUUACACUAGUGUGUAUAAUGAAACUGUGUUAAGCUUGAGAGACAUGGCAAUUUUUAAUUUGAAUAUUUUCAGUUGGGAAGAGUUGAUUAUUUUAUGGAAAGACGGCGGUCGUCCCAUGCCUCGUGGGAACCAUGUAAUCUUUAAGGUCAGCAAUGGUGACAUUCACCUACUUGGUGGUUUAUUUGUUUCUCAGUCUGGAAAUCAUCAUGAAGUCCUUAGUGAUCAUUGGGUUGUUUAUAAAGAUGGCGGUUUGUUUUUCUGGAAAUUGAUAACUUGUAAUAAUUAUUCCUCAUGUCCACAUGCAAGAGCUGGGCACUCUGCUGUUACUUUACUUGAUGGCAGAGUCAUGGUUUUUGGUGGAAUGUCGAGUAGUUUACAGUCUACUAAUGAGCUAUGGGAGUAUGAUUGUGAAAUAAACAGGUGGACUGAAAUUCACUCUGACUACCAUAGUCCACCAGCAUCUGUGUAUCAUAGUGCAGCUGUUUGGGGCUACAAAAUGUUUAUACAUGGUGGUUGUGAAACUCCUACUUUUGAAGUCCCCUUCUGGAGACACUUCUUGAAUUGUGAGAGACUGGUCCAUAAUCAGUAUGUUUGGAUGUUUGAUGGUACAACUCACUCAUGGUCUCGGUUGCACAUGAUGGAUGGUCCCACAGCUAGAUAUGGACAUUCAAUAGCAAUCUUACGUGUUAGUAAUAAUCCAGAAUUGCUCUUGUUUGGUGGAUUUGAAUUGGCGGCAAAUACCCUAGGUGCUUCAGUCCGACCAGAUGGGACCUCAUUUACAACAAAUUUAGGAUGCAAUGCAGGAGAGUUCAGUCGUAAUUUUUCCAAGUAUCCUUGUAGGUUAUGUAACAAUGGAACAUAUGCUAUGUAUCCUGGAACAAGAAUUUGCAAUUCUUGUCCAAGUGGAACUACGACCAAAUCAGCUGGAUCUUUGAAUCGGACUAAAUGCACAGUCUGUGCCUCAGACCCUUGCCAUGGACGUGGAAAGUGUCACGUGUUGGCCAACAGUCACAUUCAGUGUACCUGUCACUUUGGCUUUGAUUCAGAAUCAAAAUGCACACAAGUGCAAAAAUCUGUUGUUUUGUUUGCUGCUAUCAUUUUGCUGUCUUUUGUUGUCCUUGCAAUUGUAGUGUUGCUGGUUGUGCGUCACCGGCUAUACAAACAGCGUCAGAUGGAAGCAUUUCGAACAAUCCAGCUUUCUCAGAAAGCAAUGGAAGAUCUUCAAGCUGCUUUUCAGAUUGAAAGUAGUGAAAUUACAUUCAGAGAACGUGUUGAUCGUGACUCUCCUGGGAGCUUUGGUGAAGUCUGGCUGGCAGAGUAUCGUGAGUUGCCAGUAGCUGUGAAGAAACUGAAACAAAGGCUGAUUGAACCAACAUUUGAGCGACAUUUUGCACGUGAAAUUGAGUUCAUGAAAACAAUUCGCCAUACAAAUAUUGUUCUUUUUAUCGGAGUUGGGUAUGUGCCUCCCAAUAAUCAAGCCAUCCUUGUUACUGAAUAUCUCCGACGUGGAGCUCUGAGUACAAUCUUACAAGAUCACAGCAUUGUCAUUCAAUACUCUCAAAAGUUACGAUUUUGCAGUGAUGCUGCAAAAGGCAUGCGAUUUCUGCAUAAUUUGAAUCCACCAAGGAUUCAUCGUGAUCUUAAGUGUGGGAAUUUGUUGGUUUCUGACAGAUGGAUUGUCAAAGUGGCAGACUUUGGAACAGCACGGUUCAUUCAGCAACUGGAUGAGCCACAAGAUGUAGACAAGGAGCCUGAGUCUAUUGUUCCUCAUCACUUGGAUGAAGAGAGGAAACCAUUGUUGGAAGCACAAAAGCUGAUGUCUGAAAGUGUGGGGACAUUACUGUGGCGAGCUCCAGAGACAUUCUUUGAAAAGAAGUAUGGAGCAUCCGUGGAUGUCUACAGUUUUGGCAUUGUAAUGUGGGAGAUUAUGUCUCAGAAAGUGCCAUAUGAUGACUGCCGCACAAGUUACAUGUACCAACUUGCUGAGCUGGUACGACAGGGUCAACGACCUAGUCUUCAUGACAAUGAGCCAGCGGACUACAUAAGUCUAAUGAAGAGAUGUUGGGAUGGAAAUCCACAGAAAAGACCAAUGUUUGGUGAGAUACUAACAAGACUGGAUCUUCUGCAGGAGAAAAGUGGAACAGUAGCUGUCAACUAA